UAAGGAUUAACAACAUCAAUUGAAUGUUUAAAAACUAUCAUUGACAUAAUCAACAUUUAACAUGAGUUAUCAUUACAAUUUUAUGACGUGAUUAUUAACAAAAAUGUUUCAUUUUUCAAUGACGACCCCUUAUGAACCAAGAAUGGCAGGACGCGGCAGGAUGGAAGGACGACGAGAUGGCGGGAUGACGGUGGGAUGGAGGAGAUGUUGUAGCGACGGGAUGACGAAGGUUCUUACGAUGUCGGGAUUAAGGUUGGCAACGGGGCGGAUCGACGACGGAUUCAUACCAUCCGUUCCCCGUCCGUUAGCACUGUCCGGUUUCCCCGUCCCUGUCCCCGAGCACUAAACAGGGAGAAAACUGUUUCCGUUACCGUGAAACACCGGAUUCGGGGAAACCACGGGUCCCCAGCUACCCGGCAGAAACAAUAGAUAAUUGAGGUUUUCCGGUUGCUUUGUAAUUAGGGCAAAGAAUUUUUUGAGCACCAUCAUGUAUCCUUUUUUGGAUACAAGUUUUCACAUGAUUCCUAAGGUGCGAGGUUCCAUUACGAGUAUCACCACCGAGGUUUUUUCAACAGUACUUGCACUUAGCUUUAAUAACCCAUUAAGCUUAACCCUAGUGUAGUGAGGCCAUACAUCAGAUGUCAAUUUGCAUUCUUCAACAAGCACUUCAGCAUUUUCAUUAGCCAAGUUACCGUUACCGACUUACCGUUACCAUUACCAACUUGUUCGGGUUGGUUGUUUUGAUCAACAGGUGCAGGCUGUGGAGAAACAAGAGCAUUUACAACAUUUUCAGGUGCACUGUCCAUCUGACAUUGACAUAAGCGAGUAUAGAAACAUCAGAGGAUUGCUUGGUUAAUUUUUAGCCUUUAUUUGUAAGAUUUCUAUGUUCAAAGCAAUAGUCUUUUAGAUUCAAUUACAGAAUGCAAAUGAGACACUUAUACUAAACAAGACAUGAUUCAUGAGCAGAUCCAAACAAUCAACAGAAACUCGAGUCCCUAAGUCCUAAUACAUGCAAAUCAAAUUAAGUAAAUCGUCCUUAAUUCCUUAACUAACCUCGAAUCUAGAGAGAGGGGGUCUAUUGUCCAGAGUUGUAGAUGGUGAACUGAUGGUUGAUACGAAACUGCAAAAACUCAAACAAAAGUACGAACAUUACAUUCCAAUGAGUCAAAAUCAAUACAACAAACUACUAAUUACAAUUUACUAAAGACUAAGGAACUAUGAUUAGUGAUUACUUCGAGUAUGAGAGCAUGCACUCGCAGGUGUAGAUGAAGAUGCAACUGAAGGGCCCUAGAAAGAACCAGUAGAGUUAAUUUAUACGAACCUAAAACUAAAGGAAGAAACUAGAACAAGAAAGAAGAAUUGAAUUUGAAGGUACUUAUCUCGAGUUCUGGAUUAUCAGAACAAUAAUCAAUGACAAAUCCUCCCAAUAACCUCGAAUAGGAGAUUGGAACAGUCAUCUUCUCCUUUUGCAUGUUGUUCUUUGCCUAAAUCGAUGAGGAUAUUAGGCUUUGAUUGGUGAAUGAAGAGGAUAAUGAAUGAUUGACAACCUGGAUGGAGAGAAUUUCGCGGGGGAUUGGCAAUAAUCCGAAAUCGAAUCGAUGGAUUGAGCGGCAAUUGAGAGAAGAGAAGAGAGAGCAACGAGUUUUCAAUUAGGGAUUAGGGUUGACCUCGAGCUCGACUGAAGGAUAUGUAUAUGGGUAUAAUACGGCGUCGUUUUCUGGAUCGGGGUGGGCUCGGGGUGGAUAGUAUGAACUCCGUCACCACCCGACAUCUGUUACCCACGGAUAACGGGUUUCCCCGACUCCGUUAAUUCCCCGUCAACGCCGCGUUGGAAUUGUUCCGCCCAGCCGGGUUUCGGGCGGGUACCCGCCCGCGCGGUUUGAAAUGUCAUCCCUAGUCGGGAUGGCGGAUCACAGUGCGAUGAUGGAGCUUCUUACGACAUCGUGAUGGCAGAUGGCGGCGGGAUGAGGCUACUGUCGUGGUCCGUCUUUCUUCUCGGGGGUGGUGAUAUUUGAAACAUGGGUUUUGGAGAAAAUUGGGCUAGGUUUUAAUUCU